UGAACGGAAAGCUCAGGCCACCAAAUUCUCGUCCUGACGACUUUCUGGGGUGGAAAUUCCACCCCUCUCCCCCACCUGAACUCUCAAAUCAAAUACAAAUCGUUCCUUUUCACAGCCUGCAAUCAUGGUGUUGGCUCUAACGUUAUCUGCCGAGCUUAACGGCGUGACAAACCUCCGCCCACUUGAUACAGCAGAAGAUCCAUAUAAUUACACGUUCAAGGUGCAAUGUACCUCCUGCCGCGAGACUCACCCAAACUGGAUUUCUUUCAAUAGAUUCGAGCAGCAUGAGCAACAAGGCUCGCGGGGAGAUGCUAAUUUCGUAUGGAGAUGUCAGAAUUGUAAGAGACAACAUUCAGCCAAUAUCGUGGAAGCACCAUCUGCAUACGAAGCCGAGUCUGCUCCAAAAGAGAUGAAUAUCCUUCAACUUGACUGCCGAGGGCUUGAAUUUGUGGAGUUCAAAGCCGAUGGUGAAUGGUUAUGUGAAGGCGUUGAGAGCGGAACAAAGUUCACGGCUGUUGAUCUAAGCGAGAGCGAGUGGUUUGAGUAUGACGAGAAGGCAGGCGAGGAAGUCAGCAUAACCGGUGUCAAGUGGGACAUACAAAGGGCUUAAAGAGCGAUAUGCAAUGACGACCAUGAAAAGUGCCGUGCUUAGGUCGUAACGGAAGUUCGUGGUAACUCAAAAUCGAUAAUACGAUGACGAGUUAGAAGAACGAGAGAAAACCCUGCGGUAUGAACGGAGACUGUGUUUGACUUCACGAUAGGUCUGAUUGACAUUCGCAAUGAACUGUAUGUGGGGGCACCCAAAGCCAAAGUCACAAAUGACAUCGGCCACUUUUUGAAUUUCUUUCCAUUGGACACGGUACCAUUAUGUACAUGAAUUUUAUUCCCACAGAUGAUUCGCAUGUUGAAGCGAGAUCUCACAGUCUAUUGUUCUAUAUACGGCUUGUACUGACCACCUGCUUCAAAUUGCCUACUGUUGGGAGCGAAUGG